CAUUUCCGUCAUGACACUAUGCUUUCAUUUACAAAUUGUCCUUUAGACGUGAUUAAAAUCAAACGCACCCCCGCAGAGCAUUUGCAUGUCUGAAGGAGGAUGAACUCGUUUUGUUUGUGUCCUGCAGAUAUGAAGAUCAGGACAGAGGUUUUUUUUCUUUUUCUUUUUUUUUUUUUCCUCAUCAGACGCAAUUUAUUUUGGUCGACUCUGACGUCAAGAGAAUACACGUUUCAUUCAACAAGCAAGAAAGUAAGUUGAGCUAUUUAUAACCCGCAGCAUCUCCAGGUUGUGAUCCUUGAGUGCGCAGUGAAAGGAAUACUCCCCAUUGGACUGGUGUAGUGUGCCUGCAUAACAAAAGCCACACAGCUCAUGUGCUAUGGUGCCAGAGAGGGACGGCACAUUGUAACCUAAACUAUAAGAGGCAUCGAUGGGAGCAGUCGGUUCUGAGGGGGAUUCAAAGAAAAAAGAAAAAAAAAAAACGGGGGAUAUCUUACGGAGAAACAGCAGCAAACUUUCAGAUUAAUUUCCCUCAUAUCUUCCCUGAUGACAAAGCAGUGGUUACUUUGAACAUGGGAAAGCUCUCCUCUGAGCAGGACUGUGAGCUUUGAGUUCAAUACUGUGAAGAUCUGUGACCAGCUGGAAAAUGGCAGAUAUUCUGGAGCUGCGGACAGAUGGAAACUCCCUCCUGAAAGCCGUUUGGCUCAAACGGCUGAGACUAACAAGGCUCCUUUUGGAAGGAGGUGCGUAUAUCAACGAGAGCAACGAACGAGGAGAGACCCCACUCAUGGUGGCCUGCAUGUCCACUCACGCUGACCAGCAGAGCGUCAGCAAGUCCAAGCUGGUGAAAUAUUUGCUGGAUAACCAGGCAGACCCCAACAUCCAGGACAAAGCGGGAAGGACAGCUUUGAUGCACGCCUGCAUGCACAAGGCUGGACAUGAAGUGGUGGACCACCUGCUGAGCAAUGGUGCUGAUCCCAGUCUGGAGGACAGGACCGGAGCCUCAGCCCUGGUUUAUGCCAUCAACGCAGAUGAUAAGCAGACGCUAAAACUACUUUUGGAUGCAUGCAAAGCUAAAGGGAAGGAAGUAAUCAUUAUCACCACAGACAAGUCUCCAUCUGGCACGAAAACGACCAAACAGUAUCUAAAUGUCCCUCCGUCGCCAGAGUUGGACGAGAGGUCUUCACCAACGUACUGCGCUUCUCCCUCUGAUAUCGAUGUCACUGCAUCUCCGACUCCUGAGCAAGAGCAGCCAAACACAGUGUUCAGUUUCCAGACAAAGCUUAAAAACUGUAACGCGGCUGCAAAGCUUGCCAAUGGACCCACGUCUCCGACUCGUCGGCCUGCAAACCCCAAACGCGCACGUUUGCCUCAGCUGAAGCGGCUGCAAUCAGAGCCAUGGGGGCUGAUUGCACCUUCAGUCCUGGCUGCUGCUGCUGCCGCUCAGGAGGAGAGUAGGAAAUGUAGCUCUGAUGAGGACGUUGUUGCGGGGGUAAAUGGACUCGUUCUGAGUAAGAGAUCAGCUUUAUCCAGACAGAACAGUGUAGACGGGAAAGAUAGCUUAUUCCCUUUAGUGGGCGAGCAGCCCUGCAAAAUGACAACCUCGUUAUCAGUUCCUCCAACAUCCAAACCAUCAUACAGCCAGCACCAGCCGUUGGCACGGCGAAGCACUGUGCCCACCGAGCAGGAGAGCAGCGGCUGCAACAGCGGACCAGCCAGUCUGAGAGACACGAUGCACCGGAGACGUCUGGGGAACGAUCACUAUGACUCAGACUCGCAGCUCUAUUCAGACUCUGCCAUGCUGGACUCUCCCAAGGUCCCAGUCGAGCGGAGAAAACUAAACACCUCUCCUCUUGCGUUGUUGACCAGCUCCAGAGAGUCUCUAGACAGCAAUGCCAGCACAUCCUCUCCGAGCACGGCACGCCGGCGUGCCCCGGGCCUGCUGGAGAGGAGAGGCUCGGGCACGCUGCUGCUGGACCACAUUUCCCACACCAGGCCUGGACAGCUGCCUCCUCUUAAUGUCAACCCAAACCCUCCCAUCCCCGACAUUGGGGCGAGCAACAAGCCCUCCUCGCCUCUGGCCACAGGUAUUAGAUCCAUAGCUCCGGUAGCACCAAACACACCAAAGAGAGGCGGCCUCAAGUGUAAAAAGAAACUUGUGAGAAGGCACUCUAUGCAAGUGGAGCAGAUGAAACAGCUUUCUGAUUUCGAGGAGGUUGCUCAUUAGUUAGCGAUGGUGUUUAUGCAGCAAAUAUUGUGAAGGUGGAAAUGUUAAACACCAUAAAUUGUCAGGAUCCAUAGGUUCAGUUGUGUAGACUCACAGCCAUCUAGAUGUUGAAUAAUGUAUAAUUAAUAUAUAA